CGCAUUGCAGUCUUGUGUUAAUUCUGCUGAAUUUCCCAUUCUCCCGCUGUCAUCCCCGAUCCCUGAUCGGGGGGCUUGGGAACAUCUCAAGGCUACACGGCGAGAGAGAGACGAGCAAGUUGCCUGUUUUGCAUCGAGGCCAGCGGGCUGUUUGCUGAUUCCCUGCUCUUUGUUGCGGUGAGAAUUCUCCCGCAAGGUCUCCACCCAUCUCGGUGAGAGAGAGAGGGAGAGUCGCAGAGAAGGCAAUAUUCUGACCAAGACAGCACCAUACAAAUCCAGCCUCUCUGUUGAGAGCUCCACAGAAACAAGAUGGCUGGUGCCUCCGUGAAGGUAGCGGUGAGAGUGCGGCCUUUCAACUCCAGAGAGAUCAGCCGAGAAAGCAAAUGUAUUAUUCAGAUGUCAGGAAACACAACGACAAUUGUUAACCCGAAGCAACCCAAAGAGGCCCCCAAGAGUUUCAACUUUGACUACUCCUAUUGGUCCCACACCACGCCUGCCGACAUCAACUAUGCAUCGCAACAGCAGGUGUACCGCGACAUCGGAGAGGAGAUGCUGCAGCACGCCUUCGAGGGCUACAAUGUCUGCAUCUUCGCCUACGGACAGACUGGGGCAGGCAAAUCCUAUACCAUGAUGGGCAAACAGGAGAAGGAGCAACAAGGAAUCAUCCCCCAGCUGUGUGAAGACCUUUUUGCCAGAAUUAAUGACAGUGCAAAUGCCAAUCUUUCCUACUCUGUGGAAGUCAGUUACAUGGAGAUUUACUGUGAGCGUGUGCGAGACCUACUGAACCCAAAAACCAAAGGAAACCUUCGAGUUCGGGAGCACCCAAUUCUAGGCCCUUACGUGGAGGAUCUCUCUAAACUCGCCGUGACCUCCUAUAAUGACAUUUCAGAUCUCAUGGACUCAGGCAACAAAGCCAGGACUGUGGCUGCCACAAACAUGAAUGAGACCAGCAGCCGAUCUCACGCUGUGUUCAACAUUAUCUUCACACAGAAAACACAUGACUCCAGUAUAGACUCCUCCUCUGAGAAGGUGAGUAAAAUCAGUUUGGUUGAUCUUGCUGGAAGUGAAAGGGCAGAUUCCACAGGAGCAAAGGGAACACGAUUAAAGGAAGGAGCAAAUAUUAAUAAAUCCUUGACAACUCUGGGCAAAGUCAUCUCAGCACUGGCAGAAGUGGAUUCUGGAUCAAACAAGAACAAGAAAAAGAAGAAAACAGAUUUCAUCCCAUACAGAGACUCUGUGCUGACAUGGCUGUUACGAGAAAACCUUGGGGGCAACUCUCGGACUGCCAUGGUGGCUGCACUUAGUCCUGCUGACAUCAACUAUGAUGAGACACUCAGCACCCUGAGGUAUGCUGACCGUGCCAAGCAGAUCCGAUGCAAUGCCGUCAUUAAUGAGGAUCCCAACAACAAGCUGAUCCGGGAGCUGAAGGAUGAAGUCUCCAGGCUGAGGGAUCUGCUCUGCACUCAGGGAUUGGGCGACAUUAUUGAUCUGACUCCGGUGCCCGAUGACAAAGGAAAUGGAAGAAAAUAUGUGAAGGAUUUAGAGAAUAAUAACCGUAACUGCAGAGUAGCAGCUGUCAAUCAACGAGCUGACAAUUUCUCCACAGUGUCCGGAAUGGUGGCUGGAGUGAGCCCCUCGCCAUCCCUAUCUGCUCUGUCCAGCCGUGCUGGCUCUGUGUCCAGCCUGCAUGACCGGCUGAUGAUUGCCCCUGGCAGUGAGGAAGCCAUUGAACGGCUCAAGGAGACAGAGAAAAUAAUCGCUGAACUGAAUGAAACAUGGGAGGAGAAACUGCGCCGAACAGAAGCUAUAAGAAUGGAAAGGGAGGCUCUGCUUGCCGAGAUGGGGGUGGCCAUGCGUGAAGAUGGAGGUACCUUGGGUGUUUUCUCUCCUAAGAAGACUCCUCAUCUGGUGAAUUUGAACGAAGAUCCACUGAUGUCCGAGUGCCUUCUGUACUACAUCAAAGAUGGGAUCACAAGAGUUGGACGUGAAGAUGCAGAACGGCGGCAAGAUAUUGUACUGAGUGGACAUUUCAUUAAAGAAGAGCAUUGCAUCUUCCGCAGUGAUGUCAAGUCAUUAGGUGAAGUGAUUGUCAUUCUUGAACCAUGUGAAGGAGCAGACACGUACCUCAACGGAAAGCAAGUGACCGAACCAACUGUACUUAGAUCAGGAAACCGUAUUAUCAUGGGGAAAAGCCAUGUUUUCCGCUUCAAUCACCCCGAACAGGCACGUCAAGAGCGUGACAAGACGCCCUGUGCAGAGACGCCAGUUGAGCCUGUGGACUGGGCUUUUGCCCAGCGAGAAUUACUGGAGAAGCAGGGCAUUGACAUGAAGCAGGAGAUGGAACAAAGGCUUCAAGAACUAGAAACCCAGUACCGGAGGGAAAAGGAGGAAGCUGAUUUACUGUUGGAACAGCAGCGACUGGACUAUGAAAGCAGACUGGAAGCUUUACAAAGACAGAUGGAUUCCUGCUUUUACCCAGACAAUGUACAGGAAGAUGAAGAACCAGAGGAGGAAGUGCAAUGGACAGAGCGGGAGUUUGAGUUGGCUCUGUGGGCGUUCCGUAAGUGGAAGUGCUACCAGUUUACCUCGUUGCGGGACCUUCUUUGGGGCAAUGCCAUCUUCCUGAAGGAGGCCAAUGCCAUCAGUGUCGAGUUGAAGAAAAAGGUGCAGUUCCAAUUUGUGCUCCUCACGGACACAUUGUACUCCCCUCUGCCUCCUGACCUCAUGCCUCCGGAUGCAGUUAAGGACAGAGAGAAACGUCCAUUCCCACGCACCAUUGUGGCAGUGGAAGUCCAAGACCAGAAGAAUGGAGCAACACACUACUGGACCCUGGAGAAGCUCAGGCAGAGACUGGACCUGAUGCGUGAGAUGUAUGACCGUGCCGCCGAAGUGCCUUCCAGUGUGGUUGAUGAUUGUGACAAUGUUAUGACGGGCGGAGAUCCAUUUUAUGAUCGCUUCCCAUGGUUCCGGUUGGUCGGAAGUUCCCCUGUCUCUGGCUGUACUAGUACUCCCAUUUUCAACACUUGCAUGACUGAGCGCAUGGCUGAUCUCACCCCCUCCCCCACCUUCUCGAACCCUGACUCUGACAUCACUGAGCUCGCAGAUGAGCAGCAUGAUGGGAAGGAGGAGGAGGAGGAGGAUGAGGAGGAGCUGGACGAUGAAACCUUUCUGGAUGAUCCCUUUUCUGACCUGGGGGGAGACGAAGGGUACCAGUUCCACCAUGAUGGCCAGGACCCGUUUUACGACCGCUCACCCUGGUUCAGUUUAGUGGGAAGAGCAUUCGUUUAUCUCAGUAACCUGCUAUACCCAGUGCCACUAGUGCACCGUGUGGCAAUAGUCAGUGAAAAGGGAGAAGUCAAAGGAUUUCUACGUGUGGCUGUCCAGGCCAUUUCUGCUGAUGAGGAAGCCCCAGACUAUGGUUCUGGGGUUCGACAGUCAGGAACAGCUAAGAUUUCUUUUGAUGAUCAGCACUUUGAGAAGUUUCAAUCAGAUUGUUGCACAGCUGGAAUGUCUCGCUCAGGCACAUCGCAAGAGGAGCUACGUAUUGUUGAAGGGCAAGGUCAGUCGAGCGAUUCAGGCCCUUCAGCUGAUGAGGUUAACAACAACACCUGUACAGGAAAUAUACAGCACAGUGGUAAAAGAUCAGCCACCCAGGAGGAGCUGGAGAGUCCAGUGAAGUCACCGGUAGAUGCACAGGUAGAUGGGAUAGUAGAACAUCUCAGGAUUGGCAGCAACUUCACUUUCAGAGUGACUGUGUUACAGGCAUCGAGUAUCUCAGCUGAAUAUGCUGAUAUCUUCUGUCAGUUCAAUUUCAUCCAUCGCCAAGAAGAAGCCUUUUCUACAGAGCCAUUAAAAAACACAGGCCGAGGACCCCCACUUGGCUUUUACCAUGUGCAGAAUAUUGCAGUGGAGGUGACCAAAUCGUUCAUAGAGUAUAUCAAGACCCAACCCAUUGUCUUUGAGGUAUUUGGACACUACCAACAGCACCCGUUCUCACCACUCUGCAAGGACCUCAUCAGCCCCUUAAGACCAUCUCGCCGGCAGUUCCCUCGGGUGAUGCCCUUGUCUAAACCAGUGCCAGCAACUAAGUUAAGCACCAUGAGCCGACCCACAGCAGGGCAGUGUCAGGGCAAGUAUGACCUGCUGGUAUUCUUCGAGAUCUGUGAGUUGGAGGCCACUGGAGAGUAUAUUCCCGCUGUAGUUGACCAUAGAGGUGGAAUGCCCUGUCAUGGAACUUUCUUACUGCACCAGGGAAUCCAAAGGAGGAUAACAGUUACUAUCGUGCAUGAGACCGGAAAUGACAUACAUUGGAAGGAAGUGCGAGAGUUGGUUGUUGGUCGGAUCCGGAACACACCAGAGUCAGAUGAUUCUAUCAUCGAUCCCAACAUCCUGUCCUUGAAUAUUCUAACAGCAGGCUACACACAUCCAUCCCUGGAGGAUCGGCAAUUUCUUGAUUCGGAUAUGCCUAGCAUAACACACGGAAAUGACAAUAGAACCUUUUACCGAUUUGAAGCAGGCUGGGACAGCUCCAUGCACAACUCCCUGCUGCUCAACAGAGUGACCCCAUAUGGAGAGAAGAUCUACAUGACAUUGUCUGCAUAUUUGGAGAUGGAGAACUGCACACAGCCCGCUGUCAUCACCAAAGAUUUCUGCAUGGUUUUCUACACCCGCGAUGCCAGACUGCCAGCCUCCCGCUCUAUCCGCAAUCUCUUUGGCAGCGGAACCCUCAAACCUUCAGAAAGUAACCGAGUGACUGGUGUGUAUGAGCUGAGCCUGUGCCGGGUGGCAGAUGCUGUGAGCCCAGGCAUGCAGCGAAGACGCAGGCGGGUCCUGGACACCUCCGUCGCCUACGUCCGUGGGGAAGAGAAUUUGGCUGGCUGGCGGCCUCGCAGUGACAGCCUCAUCCUGGACCACCAAUGGGAACUGGAGAAACUCAGCCUAUUGCAGGAGGUGGAAAAGACCAGACACUACCUGCUGUUGCGUGAGAAGCUGGAGACCACAUUGAGGUCAGGCUGCGAGUCUGUGUCCUCGUACACCAGUGAAGACCUCAGUGAAUCCCAGAGCAUCUCCUCAUCAUACAGCUUGCACUCAGCAGGAAGCAAUGACAUGCCAACCCCCAGCUAUACCACCACCGAGCGCCAGAAAGAAUUAGCAGCUAAGUGCCUCCGACUCUUGUCCCACACAUUCAACAGGGAAUACAGCCACGUCUGUAUCAGCGCCAGUGAGAGCAAGUUAUCUGAGAUGUCCGUUACAUUGACGAGGGACACGUCAUUCUCUGCUCUGAGCAAUACCACGCUGCCUCCAUCUUCCACCUGUCCCUCUUUACUGGAAGGACAAUUCAUCUCCUCAGAGCUGAGGACCCCUGAGACCCAAUCCAGAGCGAUUAGUCCAGAUCCUGAUUCACUGCAAGAUGGAGUACCCAAGAAAUCUCCUGUGCAGGGCAAGGAUGAGAAAGGAGGCCCUCGCAUGUUUGUGGCUGAUAUCCAGGAGAUUCGAGUGAGUCCUAUUGUAUCGAAGAAGGGGACCCUGCAUUUCCUGGAGCCCCAGACCAAUGGUUGGGUGAAGCGCUUUGUGGUUGUGAGACGGCCGUAUGUUUACAUUUACAACACCGACAAGGACACAGUGGAGAGGGCCAUCCUGAACCUGUCCGCUGCACAGGUGGAGUACAGUGAGGAUCAGCAAGCCAUGCUGAAGACUCCAAACACCUUUGCUGUGUGCACUGAACAUCGUGGGAUAUUACUACAAGCAUGCAAUGAUAAAGAAAUGCAAGAUUGGCUUUACGCCUUCAACCCCCUCCUUGCUGGUUCAAUCAGGUCAAAGCUGUCCAGAAGGAGGAGCAGUCAGAUGAGGAUCUGACAAGAAUCAAGAACCAGCUUGAAUUCCACUCCAGAUAUCAAAUUGGACUCUUAUGUACAUAGUCAACUUAGCCUUUCCAGCAUUGAUGUGAAUGCCCAUCUAAAAUGCCUGCUCUACGUGUAGUAAUUUAUUGAGGAUUAAAAAUUAAUAGUUGUGUGAAAGCAAAAACCGUGUCGCUGGCGCCGGGGAGCGCCAUGUUCCGUGUGCGUGUGAUGCUCUGUGUGUCUUCAGCAAGCGGUUAGACAUCAGUGACGAACGAGCUCCUUACCAUGGGCACUAGAUGCUGUUGUGCUCCUUAUGUUUUUGUUUUGAGGAAAGGGUGAGGGGGAGGGGGGAAGAAGACAGUGAAGGCAGUUUGUGGUAUCCAAACUAUUCCCAACAGAGAAGAAGAGGCUGAUUGGAAUGUGCUGCCCCCUCAGGCACAGAGCUCUUUAUGGGUCCACAAGACCUCUGGGAAUAAACAGAGGAGCUGAUGGGCAAACUGAAGGAGAGCCUUAAAUGAUCCGUAAAGCUCCUUAUUGGUUGGUUCGUCCUCGCCAAAGCCCCAUGUUGAUUUGUAUCUGCUUAAAGGUGAAUCUUGUCUCACAGAAGGCUCCAUGAACAGUGUGAGAUUUGUGGCCAAGAAGAAUUGACAGGUUAGUUGCUGCAGGGAGGGGAAGAAUUAUCUAUUUGGACAAAUGAAUGCUAAAGGAGAUUUACAAAACUGGAAUCAUGGAGUAGUAAAAGGGUGAAUAUUGUAUAUAUUUCACGUUUAGCUCUAUACUGAUAAUGUAUUCUUAAUCUUUAAUAAGAAUUGUUACUGUUGAAGUUGAAUAGUAUUGUCUGCCCCUCCUCCCCAGCUGCAAAUAUUUGGAUAGCUGUUUGUCGUGUUGGAAUUUUCAUGACCUAGUCAGCACCCACACCAUUGCUGGGUCUGAAGGACUCAAGCGGAGAAAUCUGACUUUGGUCGCCAGUACUAAGUACAAGCAGGAACACCAGCUGCCAGUUAUACUCCGCACCAUUUGGUACUGAAUAUGGUGGUGUGUACAGCUGGCAGUGACACACACACACACACACACACACACACACACAUCAGUGCCACUGUCCUUAAACAGAUCUUUUCCUCUCAGUGUUUUGUUAAUUAGUGGCUGUAGAAACAAACUGUGCUGAUUUGUUGUCCCCUUGUCUGUGGAGGAGAUGCUGACAGCCUAAUGCCUGUACCAGUAUGACCCUCAAUUGUUGACCCUUGAUGGACGAGAUAUAAUGGACCAGAUUGGGGAUGGGGGGCAGGAAUACGAUGACUCAGAUUGGGUUUUCUUUUAUGGUUUACAUCAGCUGCUUCUAACUACCAAUGUUACUACCUCUCUGACCCCACAGGAGUAUGUCCUUCUUGUUUGGGUGGUGUAGGGGCCAGAGAACCUGAAGCCAUCUUGAGCAGUUUGCUCUAAUUGUCUCAGAUCUAUCAGUAGCAGUGGGCAGCCCAAGAUGCGUCUGCUUUAGAGCUUACAAGCUGUGAUGCAGAUUGCCACACAUUUAGUCACUCCUGUGCAUCGCAAUUUUAUUUACAAAUGGCAUUAAUCACCAGUUGGCAACUACAUCCCAGUGUUAUAAGUCAAGUAUUCAUGCCAAGUGGGGCAUCGGGCUCUUGCUCAGGACGGAACAACUCCAACAUGCUGCAGGUACUGGAGCUUGCAGGGUUGGGAGAAAUGGAAGUGUUGCUUUGGAUGUUGGUCAAUGGAGCCCCAACAAGCACAGCCCUCUGUGAGCUGUCAGGGCAUGGUGACAAACACCUCCACAAGUUCCUCAUGGUGCUUUAUUUAAACCAAAAAGACGAUCACCAACUCCCCCAUCCUCAACAGGUGGAAAAAGAUACACCAUCUGCUUCUCGGGUCACUGCAAUACCUUAAAGUCCAGCAUUAAGUAAAAGUCGUGUAUUAAGGUUGCUGUUUAAUUAAAAGAAGCUUUCUGCUAUGCAUAUAUUGAACCCUCUAUUGUUACGUUCUACAGAUUGUUGUAAACAGUUAGUCAAAACAAGAUGAAUGCAGGCAUAAUCAAUUGCUGCUAAAUAAAACACCUCAAAGUAGUUCACACUGAAGUAUGAACUAACUUUGUGGCUGCAGAUUACAUACUGGACUUUAUGGUGGCUCUUUGGUUGAACCAAAGCUCUUGAGAGUUGGAAGCAUCUGAGUCCUGGUCAGUAUCCUUUCAACAUUUUAGAUACUGUGCCUCAGUGGAAGCUUGUCAAACCAAGGAAGCAAUUUACCAUUCGCAACAGAAUUUUCAAUUGCACAUUGGUGUGUGUGCGUGUGUGUCCUGCACUUGUGGUGGACUGCUGCAUUGUCCGUGCUGUUUGUCAUUUACCACAUGUCAGUUGGGUGAUAUGCUCUUUCUCACGUUCAAUGCACAUGAAGACCGUCCUGUUGCAAUGUAUGUUCACGUAGCCCCUUCACCCUCUCCCUCCCCAAACUACCCCUUCCCUACAGCAGAAGGAAUCACUUUCCUCUCCAUUUAUUUACACUUGAAGUGUGUUUUCCAUGAUGAGUGUAUGCUCAGUCACUUUAACUGCAGAGUCUCAUUUGGAGAAGUCUGAUGUCUGGCUCACAUGUCACUGGUGGUGGUAAUGCCUUCCCAUUGGUAUGAAGUUCUGUGCAAAUGCACAGCAUCAUCUGAUUUUCAUUUGCAUUCAAACUUUCACCUCUGGCUAUGCAUCACACCAGCAAAGAGAGAGUGAUCUGAAAGAGAGAGUGAUCUGGCCUUAUGGAAUCACAGAUAGUGGAGCUGAUUUUCCAAUAUGAAGCAUGGACCAGGAAUGUGCACUCUGAUUUUCCAGUAGUGCAGCCAAUGGAUGAGGCAGUGAUCAUCUUACUGUUGGUAUGUUGGGAGAUACACACCAGACUGGAAAUCUAGCUCUCUUUCUCUCUCUCUCUCUCUCUCUCUCUCUCUCUCUCUCUCUCUCUCUCUCUCUCUCGCUCCCCCCUCCCUCUCUCUUACCCAAAAAUUUCUGUGGCUAGAUAACGUGAAACUUUCUCAACUGGGGCAGAUUUUUGUAAACAUGGGAAUUAAGAGUCAUGAAAGCAAGGCAGGUGUAUGGAGCUGAUAUACAGAUCAGCCAAAGUCUAAUUGAGUGGUGUAGCAUGAACCAGGAGUAUGCUGCCUAUUCCUAUGCCUGUUCUUAUGUUUCUAUAUUCGAAGAGCUGACAUCAACAUUUGGAAUUUUAGAUAUUAGUCUAGAAUGGUUACAGAAUUCUUCAGCUCUUGUUUUCUGUCUUCUAUUGCCUCUGGAAAGUGUGUGUCAAUGUAAGAAUCUGAAUAGACUUGGUCACAAUGGCAAGUGUACUGCUAACAAUCUUGUGUGAGACACCUGAAGGUUGACGAUGCUCCCAACACCUUUUCAAAGUGAGAUUCAGUACAUGAAGGUGAUGGGAAAGGAAGUUAGGAGUCUGUAUGAAUGCUGAGAGAAAAUAUUUGAAGCAUAAGUAAGAGCUUUGCAGUAUCUUGGCAUGGCAGUUUGAAUGUGUUAAUCAUCCCUCUAUUCUAUAGAGCCUCAGUUUGAGAACAGGUAGUAAGUGUGCUCCAGUGCAAGUGGAAUUUGGGCACUUGGCAACAAUUUUUCCACCAGAGCAAUGUUCCUCUCCCAACUCAACCUAGAC